AUGGCUAAAGGCGCUGGUCUCUUCCGGAUGAUGAACAUCAUCGUUGCCGUCCUACUUAUGUUAGGUGGUAUUAUCCUCUUCGUGGACCUUGGCUCAUGGAACUCUGGUAUUUUGGGUGUCUUUGUAGUCUUGUUUGGGCUCUUGACUUUUAUUCUAGAGUUUACUAUCCCUGAAUCGAUCGUGUACAACAUGGGCUUCAUGUUCACCAUGUUAGGGCGCGGAAUAUUUUAUAUUUGCAUGGGUGUCCUCUGUCUAUCAUGGAGAUGGUUCAACAUCGUGGUUGGAUGCAUUGUCAUGGCCGUCGGUCUCUUCUACGUUGCCAUGCACUUCAAGGGAGCAACACCUUCUCCUUCCAUGUCUGCAGUCCCCAACACCUCCAAUAACAACCUCUACUCUGGUUCUGCUUCAGGCCUUGGAUCUGGCCCCGGCACUGGCCAUGGCACUGGCCAUGGUACUGGCCAUGGUACUGGCUAUGGUACUGGCACUGGCUAUGGCUCCGCCUCUGGUUACGACAAUGCACAGUACAGCAAACCAAACCCUGAUCAACCUCAAAUGUCUCAAUCCUACCAGUACCAGAACCAGAACCAGAACCAGAACCAGAAUAAUAACCAAACCUCCUAA